AUGUCAAUGGACGGUGACUUAAUCGCACUUGUGAACAAGCUGCAAGACACAUUCAAUGCGAUAGGAGGCGAUGCGGUUGAUUUACCUCAAAUCGUGGUAGUCGGAUCACAAUCAUCUGGUAAAUCAUCAGUUUUAGAAACUAUUGUAGGAAGAGAUUUCCUACCCCGUGGAUCUGGGAUCGUUACUCGUAGACCAUUAGUCCUUCAACUCAUCCACACUCCAGAUGGUCCAUCAUCAUCAAGUGGUAAGUUCCCAGGAACGGGAACAGGACUGAGUGCAGGUAAUCCUAAUCGUUCUGUCGAUUCAGGAUCAGUCAGAAGAUCACCUAGAAUAGGUGGUCUAGAUGAAGAUGGUUAUCUACCUAAUUUAGAUAAUACACCAACCGCAGGUGCAGGUAUAAUGAGACCAGGUGGUAAAAAUAUGAAUGAAAGUAAUAAUGUAACAUACGCGGAAUUCUUACACAUUAAUAGAAGAUUCACAGAUUUCGAAGAAAUUAGAAAAGAAAUCGAAAAUGAAACUUAUAGAGUCGCAGGUCAGAAUAAGGGAGUAUCCAAAUUACCUAUCAACUUGAAAAUCUACGGACCUGGCGUGCUCAAUCUAACCUUGGUUGAUUUACCUGGUUUGACAAAAGUGCCAGUAGGUGAUCAACCCACAGACAUUGAAAGGCAAAUCAAGAAUCUCGUACUUGACUACAUCUCCAAACCUAACGCCGUUAUUCUCGCUGUGUCGCCUGCAAAUGUAGAUCUAGCCAAUUCAGAUGCCUUGAAACUUGCUCGUUCAGUCGAUCCAAGAGGUCUUCGGACUUUGGGUGUUCUAUCCAAACUCGAUCUCAUGGAUGCAGGUACAAAUGCCUUGGACAUCCUCACUGGACGAACUUAUCCUCUCAAACUAGGGUUCGUAGGUGUGGUCAACAGAAGUCAACAAGAUAUCAUCCAAGAUCUACCUAUGGAAGAUGCGCGACAAAAAGAAGAAGACUUCUUCAAAACGCAUCCUGUUUACAGAAAUAUAGCUCACAGAUGUGGAACAAAGUAUCUCGCGAAGACUCUCAACUCUGUGUUGAUGACUCAUAUUCGAGAGAAACUACCUGAUAUGAAAGCUCGACUUAACACAUUAAUGGGACAAACUCAACAAGAGCUAAACGCUUUCGGCGAUGCUACAUUCUUAGGUGAACAACACAGAGGCUCGCUCAUCCUCAAACUCAUGACUGAAUUCUCUAAAGAUUUCGUAUCGUCCAUCGAUGGAACAUCACUUGAGAUAUCGACCAAAGAGCUCUCAGGUGGAGCAAGGAUCUACUAUAUUUUCAACGAGGUUUUCGGACAUGCAUUAACCACCAUCGACCCAGCUCAGAAUUUAUCUUUAUCGGAUAUCAGGACUGCCAUAAGAAACUCAACAGGACCUAGACCUAGUUUGUUCGUUCCUGAGGUGGCUUUCGACCUGUUGGUCAAACCUCAAAUCAAAUUGUUGGAACCACCAAGUUUAAGAUGUGUAGAACUGGUUUACGAAGAGUUGAUGAAGAUCUGUCAUAAUUGUACCAGUCCUGAAUUACAACGGUUCCCUAGACUUCUUACUCAACUCAUUGAAGCCGUAUCAGAAUUACUGAGAGAACGAUUGGGUCCAACAUGCGAUUACGUAUCUAGUUUGAUAGCGAUUCAAGCCGCGUAUAUCAACACAAACCAUCCAGACUUCAUCUCGGGCUCAGCUGCCAUCGCCAGAGAAGGACAGCAGGGUUCCUCUCAAAUGGCUAGAAUUCCUUCCCAAGCGAGUUCUCCGGAUGAUGAAGAUGAUUCUGCUUCCUCUGAUGGAGCAGGAUCAGCUCCUCCCAAUGGAGCACCGUUGAACAACCUUCACCCACGAUCAGCCUCUACAUCUGUACCUGAUAUCCGAAGACCAUCAGUGGCCAAAGGGAACAUUGUUAAUGAAAUCUCAAAAUCAAGAAAUCAUCAUCGUACAGGAUCAGGCUCGAAUGCUAUCAAUACGCUUUCACCUCAUCAAGGUCAAGGUGCUUCAGGAAAUUCUCAACACAACAGUCAUGGAGCAGGCGCAAAGCAAAGUUUCUUAAAUUACUUCUUAGGAGGUCCAAACGGUUUAGAUGAGAUUAGACCUUCAUCAGCACCUGGCUCUUCGAUUGAAACUAGGCAUCAUCAAUCUAGAUUAUCAGGUGGAUCAAACAACGCUAAUUCCUCAAGACAGAAUUCGCAACCACAAAAUAAUUCGAGAGAUCUAUUGCCCGAUCUGAGUUCAGGUAGAAGACCAGGUAAUUUGAGAAGUGGUUUCGGAAUGGAUACUAGUUCAACAUACGAUAUGAAGUCACUUGGAAAACACCUCGAAGCUAACUCCCCCGAACAUCCACUUCAUCUCUCAGCAAGAGAGGAAAUGGAAACUACAUUGAUCCGAUCAUUGAUAGCCAGUUAUUUCGGUAUUACAAGACAGACCAUACAAGAUUUGGUUCCCAAAUCGAUCAUGCACCUAUUGGUCAACUUCUCUCGCGAUGCCAUUCAACAAAGAUUAGUGACUCAAUUGUAUAAACCUGAUUUGUUCGCUGAACUGUUAUUUGAGGACGAAGCUUUAGUAUCAGAAAGGACACGGAUCAAAGCUUUGUUGGAUGCUUACAAGGAAGCUUUCAGGGUCUUAAGUGAAGUCAGUUUGAAAUCUUCAUGA